UGCACUAUUUGUUCCGUGUUUUUCAUUAUUUCUAUGACGCUCGUUCUGCAUUCGCUAGAUUCCGGAGUCCCGUCUUCGUGCCUAUGACGUCAUAUUUUACAUAUCUUUUUCCUCUUUUUUAAACACUUAAAACAUAAAAUCCCACGUGGCCCGUGUGGGCCAAUUCGGUCUAUUUGUUACACGACCUCGUGGUGCUCGGAGGUCGGGUACAGCUCGAAACAUUUCCAUUUUCCUCGGUGAAGCGGCAUUUGUCGCGGAGAGGCUGUCAUAUUUUACAUCCCAUUAUUCAGUACCUGAUCAUAGCAUUGCCAUUCAUUACAUAUUAAAAGACAUUUGCAAAACAUGGCCGAGCCGGAGGUGAACCCCAAGGCGUACCCGCUGGCGGACGCGGCGCUGACGGCCAAGAUCCUGAACCUGGUGCAGCAGGCGGCCAACUACAAGCAGCUGAAGAAGGGCGCCAACGAGGCCACGAAGGCGCUGAACCGCGGCCUGGCCGAGUUCAUCGUGAUGACGGCCGACGCCGAGCCGCUGGAGAUCCUCCUCCACCUGCCGCUGCUCUGCGAGGAUAAGAACGUGCCGUACGUCUUCGUCCGCAGCAAACAGGCUCUGGGGCGCGCCUGCGGCGUCUCGCGCGCCGUGAUCGCCUGCGCCGUGACCGUGGACGAGGGCUCGCAGCUGAAGCCGCAGAUCCAGAGCCUGCACCUGCAGAUCGAGAAGCUGCUUAUCUGAGGCGGCGGUCCUUAGCGCGCGCCGCGCGGCGCCCACCCGCCGGCCGGACACGGCGCCCCAGCGCCCGGCCAGCGCUCACCGUCUGGGGUUUGACGUCAUCCGGGUUCAGCGGGGCAGCCAGCGGCGAACUAGAUUUGCUAACACUUUUCCCGUUUGGUUUUGGGAUUCGAACUUAAGUCAUUAGUGUUGAGUCAUUUUGGCUGUAAUUGAUCACGAAGGAGACACAUUUUGAGGUUUUUUACAUCUCGUAAUACAGUUCAAAUUUGGGUUAGUUUCAACAGCACAUACAAUUCAGUUUUCUUCGCCGACGUCAUUGAACUCAUCUUCAUAGUGCAAGUGUGAGUGUGCAGUGUUCGUAUCGGUCAUUCCGAACCGUGCGCCUGUUCCAUUUGCGCCAGUGACCAACUGUGACCACUAUGACAAAUACACCGACAAACGGCAGUACG